AAGGAGCAUAUUUUCUUGACCGUCACUUAAAUGCUCUUCGUUGUUUCCUUUUCUAUCAUUUCUUGAAGCAGCGAAUCUUGAUUUUGACUCAGAGAGACAGAGAGUUGAACCCAACCUACCUCCACAGGUGACCUUGCACCAUACUCUUCUUCUUCUUCUUCUUCUUCAUUUUCAACCAACGGUGCAAGGCCACUCCUCUCUAUAUAUCUCUCUCUCACUACCUUAUCUCUCACUCUGAUUCAAAGAGUGACCUUUUGAGUUUGUCCUUCAUUUCUAUUGGCCCUUCAUUUCUUCUUCUGUCUCUUUCUGAUUGAAACUUCAAUCUCCAAGGCUCUUUUUCCUUGUUUACAAUUCUGGGUCACUUUGAUUUUGGGUUUUUCAGUCUGGGCAGUCUGAGAUCUCUGUUUCUGGUACUGGGUUUUUUACUGGGUUUUGCUGAUUUUGACCAAAGUAGAUUGCUUUGCCCCCAAAUUUCAAUGCCAUAAUUUCUACUGGGUCGCUUUGAUUUGGGGUUUUCUUACAUUUCUCGAUAAACAUUCUGAGAUCUCAGUUUCAGUUUACUUGGUUUUGCUGAUCUUGACCAAAGUCGAUUGCUUUACAUCAAUUUUGAUUCUGUGGCAAUGUCACAAGGCUAUGCAAUCGAGCUUUACUUCGAUCCUGCGCUGGAGAACCAGGUCCUGAAGGCUUGGAAUGUUCUUGCUCGCCGCCAGAUUAGCACCCAGCUCAUCGAAAUCGAAUCACGCCCUCACAUCACUCUCUUCUCCAGCUCCUUCAUUGAACCAGCAAAGCUCGAAAACAUAAUCAAGGCUUUCGCUGCAAAGCAAGAGCCUUUGGCCUUGUCUUUCUCGUCCAUUGGGAGCUUUCCGACUGAUAACAAUGUGCUGUUUCUGGCCCCAACUCCUUCGGUUUCGUUGCUUCAGUUCCAGUCGCAGUUGUGUGAGGCAAUGAAGAAAGAAGGUGUUGAAAUUGGGGAGGAGUAUCGCACCGAUUCGUGGAUGCCUUACUGUGCUGUUGCUCAAGAUGUGCCAAAGAGUCGGAUGGCAGAAGCGUUCUGCGUAUUGAGGGAAUUAAAGUUGCCAGUCGCUGGGUAUGCUAUGGAUGUUGGGCUGGUUGAGUUUUCGCCAGUCAGGGAGUUGUUUUCUUUUGUGCUAGGUAACACAGUAGAAGCAUGAAGUUUCAGAAUCUUUCUUAUGCGUUAAUCUGAAAUUUAGUUGGAUUAUUCAAGAAUAUGUUACCCCCUUGAUGUUAUUGUAGAUGAUUGUCUAUGGUGGUGCUAAUACAGAAUUUGCAUUCAUGUUUUUCGUAUCUAGCAAAUUCCCUUAUAUCGCUCUUUUAGAUUGAUAAUGUGUUUGUUGACUUUGUUCAU